UUUAUCUUUGAAAGAACUACGAAUCCCGUCAGGCAUUGCGACAGCUAAGCAAGAGCCGAUACUCGGGUGCGCCGAUUGUGCGUAAGUACAGAGGGACCAGGUGGCUCGGUGGAGUUUUCAUGUGGAGGUCAACUCUGCCCUGGGAGGUGUGAUUGUCUCAAAAACAUAGAAGCAGGACUUAAACUGACACCAAUGGCUUCCAAAAUCUUUGAGACUGUGGGCAAACUUGGCCUGGGGCUGGCGAUUGUUGGUGGAGUUGUCAACUCUGCUCUGUACAAUGUGGAUGCGGGCCACCGGGCUGUCAUAUUUGACCGAUUCCAAGGUGUUCAAGACAUAGUGGUGGGAGAAGGAACCCAUUUUCUCAUUCCCUGGGUUCAAAAGCCAAUAAUCUUUGACUGCCGUUCCCGCCCUCGCAAUGUUCCUGUAAUCACUGGGAGCAAAGAUCUACAGAAUGUGAAUAUCACACUCCGAAUCUUGUUCAGGCCAGUGAUGACACAACUCCCCCGGAUUUUCACCACUAUUGGCGAAGAUUAUGAUGAACGAGUGUUGCCUUCCAUCACAACUGAGAUCCUCAAAUCUGUGGUGGCUCGCUUUGAUGCUGGGGAGUUAAUAACACAAAGAGAGCUGGUUUCCAGACAAGUGAGUGAAGACCUUACAGAAAGAGCAGCCACAUUUGGACUCAUUCUAGAUGAUGUUUCCUUGACACAUCUGACAUUUGGUAAAGAGUUCACAGAGGCAGUAGAAAUGAAGCAAGUUGCCCAGCAAGAAGCUGAAAGGGCCAGGUUCAUAGUGGAAAAGGCAGAGCAGCAGAAGAAAGCAGCUAUCAUUUCAGCUGAGGGGGAUUCAAAAGCAGCUGAGUUAAUUGCCAAUUCACUGGCUUCAGCAGGUGAUGGCCUUAUAGAAUUGCGAAAGCUUGAAGCAGCUGAAGAUAUCGCUUAUCAGCUCUCACGGUCCCGCAACAUCACCUAUCUGCCAUCGGGACAGUCAGUGUUGCUUCAACUACCCCAAUGAGUGUCCUCCAAACUCACCCACUACGUCCCCACCCUUUUUUCUACUCUAUCCUUGGGGGGGAAAAAACCAGAUUAGCCAAAAGUAAUCACUGAGCUUUCUCCAUUUUGGGUUGAAAAUACAAGAAAUUAAGAUGGAUUGAAAAUCCUUUCCACUAAUAAAGGCAAUCAUUCUUCCUAUUCCCCUUCUAGAGUAUUCUUUUUAGCUGAUCAAUACUUAG